AUGGCCGGAUCUCGCAACUGGGCGGAUCUACCGGACGGGCCGACGGCGCUCAUCGCCGACCGCGUCCUCGCCUACGACGUCGCCGACUACGUCCGUUUCCGCGCCGUGUGCCUCCCGUGGCGUCGGUGCUCAGCGGACCCGCGCGCGCACGGCAGCCUCGACCGCCGGUUCCAUCCCCGGCGGUGGGCGAUGCUCCGGGAGGAGCUCGCGGCGCCCAACCGCCGCUCCUUCCUGAACACCUCCACCGGCGAGUGCGUCCAGGUGGGCCUCCCGGAGCUCCAUGACCACUGCGUGCUCGCCCUCACCUCCGAGGGCCUCCUCGUUCUGGUCCACCACAAGCCGCAGCGCAACACCGUCCGCCUGCUCAACCCGUUCACCGGCCACCUCACGGAACUCCCGCCGCUCACCACGCUGCUAUCUCCACACGACCAGCACAUGCGUAUGGAUCUGAUUGGCCGUUUCAAAAGGGUGUUAGCAGCGUGGGGCUCCGGCGUUGCCAAUGAUGAUUCGACAGUGGUGCUCUGCUUCAACACGCUCGACGUGCUUGGCAUGGCCAAGCCCGGCGAUGACCACUGGACGUUGUUAAAAUGCCAAUUUGGUUCGAUGUUAUCGCCCUUAAUGCUGGCAGGCCGAUUCUACUGCGUUAACUGGCACAAUGGUGUCAUGGUGCUGGAAACCAGCGGAGAUCAGCCACCACGGCUGGAGAUGGCCUCCGAGCUGAAUUUGAGUGGCUCACUGAUCGAGGGUAGUCUGCACCUGGUGAACAAUUAUGGGGAGCUCAUGCUGGUGCACCGUUGGAGUGGACCAUUGUCGUCGCUCAACAGAUUGGGUUAUUGGUACGAUGCAUAUCGAGUGGAUUUGGACAAGCGGACGCUAUUCCCGGUCAACAGCUUGGGCGGCGCCGCCGGGCGUGCGGUGUUCAUGGGCAUGCAUUGCUCCCUAUCGGUGUCCAUACAGAAUUUCCCCUCUGGCUCCAUUACUGCUGACACCAUCUACUUAGGCUUUGACGUUGCUGAAAGAGCGGGGUUUAAAGUUGGAGCUUAUCAUCUCGCAGAUGGAAGCAUCGAAGGCACCGGCAGAUAUGAGGGUUGCUUGGUGCCCUGGCCGCAUACUCUUGUUGACUGCCUAUGUUUAGCCAAUAGCCCAAUACUGUCUGAGGAGCUAUCCCAUUUCCCGUAUGUUUAG